GACCAAAAAAAAAAAAAAAAACACAUUUAAUUGAAGUCGGCCGUAACAUACAAAGAUAUCGCACCCCGACGGUCUCUAACCUUGCUCUUCUCCAUCAGAGCAACAUGGCUACUCUCGAUGUCGAGGCUUUGCUUGAUGCUACUGCCAGCAGUAAGAAUGACACAAAAGAAACUCGACCUAAAGAUACAGAUGAUCGCGUGAAAUCUGAACGAAGCGACCGUAAAGAACGCGACCGUAGUCCCGGCCGAAGACGCGAUCGUAGCGCAGACCGUGGACGACGCGACCGUGGCGACGAUAGAGAACCUACUCCGCGAAGUGACGCGGGUAGCCACAAGAGUAGGCGCAGAAGCCGGAGCCGUGAUGAUGAUCGUCGACACUCACGACGUCACAGAGGAGGCGAUGGGGAUUAUUACCGCAGUGGCGGCCGCGGUCGAGACCGCUCUCGCUCACGAUCUCCCCGCCGACACUACCGUCCUAGAGAUGAUCACCGCGACCGCGAGCGUGAUCGCGAUGAUCGCAGCUACUAUCGAAACAGGGAUGAAGAGAGACACCGUGGAGGACGUACCCCAAAGCGUGAUGCUACACCCCAGCUGACCGAGGACGAGCGAGAUCGACGUACCGUAUUCGUUCAGCAACUAGCUGCUCGUCUUCGCACCAAAGAAUUAAAGGAAUUUUUCGAGAAAGUUGGCCCUGUCACCGAGGCCCAAAUUGUGAAGGACCGUAUUAGUGGGAGAUCUAAAGGUGUCGGUUACGUUGAAUUCAAGAACGAAGAAUCCGUCACAGCUGCUCUUCAACUUACAGGACAAAAACUAUUAGGUAUCCCAGUCAUCGUACAGCUUACCGAAGCUGAAAAGAACCGUCAAGUACGCAGCACCGAAAAUUCUGGCACUCACGCCAAUUCGAUUCCCUUCCACCGUUUGUAUGUAGGAAACAUACACUUCAGCAUCACCGAGCAAGAUUUACAAAAUGUUUUUGAGCCGUUCGGCGAGCUUGAGUUUGUCCAGCUUCAGAAAGACGAUACCGGCCGCAGUCGCGGUUAUGGGUUUGUACAGUUCCGUGAAGCUGACCAGGCGCGUGAAGCACUCGAAAAGAUGAACGGAUUCGAUCUAGCUGGUAGACCGAUCCGAGUCGGUCUUGGUAAUGAUAAGUUCACCCCUGAGUCAACUGCCAAUAUCCUACAGAGGUUCCAAGGUCAAAACCAACCAUAUCAGGGUUCCGCAUUCUCCGGUGCCGGUGGCCGCGGUCCCCAGGCCUCCGGAUUCGACCGUGCAGGAGGCCGUGACAACGACAAGGCGACUGGUGCUAGCGCUCUAGAUGACACUGAUGUUGCUGGUGUGAAUUUUAACAACUAUAGUCGCGACGCAUUGAUGAGAAAACUUGCUCGAACCGAUGAGGCUUCUAAUGGAAGUCCCAAUGAGAGACAGAUUCUUAAACCGAAAACAGAAACCAAACCCCUGCCUGUUAAUGUCAACAUGGCUAGCCGUUGUGUCGUCCUGCACAACAUGUUUGACCCGACUGAGGAAGAAGGUGAAAGCUGGAUUAAGGAAUUGGAGGAUGACGUUCGACAGGAAGCCGAAGAGAAAUACGGACAUGUUGUUCACAUUUCUCUCGACCCAAACUCCCAAGGAGAUAUAUACCUCAAGUUCGACAAGGUUCAAGGAGGCGAGAAUGCUAUUAAGGGCUUAAAUGGCCGCUAUUUUGGUGGUCGGAUGAUCAGCGCUGCGCCUGUUGUGGAUGCCGUCUACAGCAGUUUGUUCUCUCGUACCAAGGCUAUUUGAGAUGCUAAUCGUUGGCCCGGCCUCUCCCGUUCUAGGAACUUGCGAUUCUCAUCACUACUACCCACCCUGCUUUUAAAUAAGGACACCACACCGAACUCACACUUCAUCGCCUUCGCCUAUCCGUUUGGUAAACGACAUUCCCAGCGGCAUGUUCAUCGAGAUCAUAUACCGCUUUUCCACUCAUGCCAUGAACAUGGAUUUUUUCACGCUGAUUUUACAAUAGCAUAUCAAAUUCGGAGGAGCAUGCAUCCUCGGUGGUCGGCAUCGAUAUGCUGAUAUAUGUACCAAGCCGAACUUCGUUCCCGAUCAUUACCG